AGUGGCCACCCGAUCGCGAAGCUGAGGGCUUGUCGCGGGUCCCCAAAAGUUUACGCCGAGUAACAUCACGAUGCGAUGCUGCGUAGCUGCUCUGUGGGUGUCGGCGCUGACCACGCUGGCGGUGGCGGCGGCCGACGACGCGCGCCACGACGCACCAGCACCCCAGACUGACAACGAAGUAGAACUAACAGAAGAAGAAAAACGGGCCUGGACGAAUCUGCACGGCGGGUGGGGCAAGAGGGGGUGGCAGGACAUGAGUUCGGCUUGGGGCAAGCGCGCCUGGCAGGACCUCAACGCGGCCUGGGGGAAGCGGGGCUGGCAGGACCUCAACUCCGCCUGGGGAAAGAGAGGCUGGCAAGACCUCAACAACGCUUGGGGCAAGAGAGGCUGGCAGGACCUUAAUAACGCUUGGGGCAAAAGGGGUUGGCAAGACAUGAGUUCGGCGUGGGGCAAACGCGCUUGGAACGACCUGUCGCAUGCGCCGUGGGGGAAGAGGGGGUGGCAGGAUAUGAGCUCGGCUUGGGGCAAGCGGGGAUGGCAAGACAUGAGUUCCGCGUGGGGCAAAAGGGGCUGGCAAGACAUGAGCUCGGCUUGGGGCAAGCGAGCACCACAGGAGAAAUGGUCUCAAUUCCACGGCUCCUGGGGCAAGCGGGCAGCGGAACCUACUGACUAUGAGGACUAUGAAGCGGCUAUCGAAGAACUCAUCCCUCUACAACAGCAGAUGCCCGAGGUAUCCGAGCAGGUGUCGUCUCCGGAGAAGAAGGCGUGGUCGGCACUCCACGGCGCGUGGGGCAAGCGCCCCGCCAAGCCGCAGCACUUCAACAACGGAGCGUAUUACUGGAAGCGCGAGCCGGGCUGGACGAAUUUAAGAGGCAUGUGGGGCAAGCGAGCGUACUGGGAGCCCGGCCUACCGCUGCCCGAUGACAACGAGGACGCAGCGAAGGACGAAGCCUAGACUCCCGGCCAUGUACCAUAACAUACCAUAGCUACCGUCAUAUCUCUCCGUGACUGUCGCGACCACAUCGGCAUUUAGUUAUCUGUUCUUCACUGCUCUGUGUCAUCAAUGUCCUAGUAUAACUCUGCUCACUCCCAACCAGUGAGCAGAGUUAUCGUGUUCGGUAUCAGUUCCUGUGGUUUCGUCUUUCAACUAUAUCUUAUCGGAACUGUAUAUGCUUCUUAGUGCAAAUAUAGCUCCUACGUCACCUUCUAGAUUUAAUAUUAAAGUUAACAUGUAAUAAAUAUAUUUAUUUUUACGAUCUUUAGCUAGUGUUAGUCGUUUGGGACGGUGUAACUGUAUGAGGCUAGUUAGUUCAUAUAAUUACAAUUAAUUGUGGGUUAAUUAAUGUAUUUUACUAGUAAAGUUGAUGUAAAGGUUGGCUUCGCCGAAGUUAACAUUUGUCCAAUAAAAGUUUAUUCCCAA